CAAACUUUAUCUCUCUUUAAUCAGACACGGUGGAGUGCUACAACCUGAGGAAAAAUGAGUGGACAUUUGUGGCCAACAUGGUGGAGCCUCACUAUGGCCACGCUGGAACAGUUCACGGGAACCUCAUGUACAUCUCAGGUGGCAUCACCCGCGACACCUUCCAGAAGGAGCUCUGGUGCUACGACCCCGCCGCCGACACGUGGAGUCGCCGCUCCGACAUGAUGGAGCUACGCGGCCUUCACUGCAUGUGCACGGCGGGAGAAAGACUUUACGUGAUGGGAGGGAAUCACUUCAGAGGCAGCAGCGACUACGACGACGUGCUGGGCUGCGAGUUCUACAGCCCGGACACCGACCAGUGGAGCGUGGUGGCUCCGAUGCCUCGGGGCCAGAGCGAUGUGGGGGUGACGGUGUUUGGCGGGCAGAUCUACGUGGUGGGGGGGUACUCCUGGAACAGCAGGUGCAUGGUGGACAUUGUGCAGCGGUACGACCCGGAGAAGGACGUCUGGGAGCGGGUGUUCAACGUGUUGGAGCCUCUGGGGGGGAUCAGAGCCUGCACGAUGACCGUUCAUCUGCCCGAGGGGUCGGUGGACGAGGCUCAGAUUCAGGAGUGCCCUCUGCCCACAGACAAGAGCUGAUCAUGCACCAAAGAAGUUUCCGAUUUAGAUUCAAGAUUCAAGGCUUUUAUUGUCAUUUGUGAUUUGUACAAUAGCUACAGUGAAGUUAUGAGAAUGAAAAUCUUAGGUCACAGGCUCCUCCAACAGUGCAACACAAUAAAACUGUGCAAGUAAAUACAAUAGAAUAGAA